UUUGAAAAUUCUUAUAAACCAACUUUAUCUAACCUUGAAAAUUUAUUAAAUUAUGAAACCGCAAGGCAUAAAUUAUCCACUGAAAGAUAUAAAUUAACAACUAUAAAAAAACCCUUUGUGGUUGUCUGUAAUGAUCAUUCUCAUUCAAAUUAUAUUGCCUCAAUUUGUACUUUCAUCAACACUGAUAAUAAAUCAAUGAACAAUAAUAAUAAUAAUAAUAACAAUAAGAAUAUUGUAACUGCUUUUUCAAAAUGCACAAUAAACAUUCCAAAUAAUGUUCAUAUUCCGGAAUCAAUUAGAGCUUGUUUACUUGAAAAAAUUCAUUUUAUCCCGAUUAUAAAAGCUGCAAUUUCAAAUAAAAAUGAUAAAAGACAAUCUUUUCAUAAUAAUAAUAAUAAUAAUAAUAAUAAUAAUAAUAAUCUUUUAGGAGAUUGUUCUUAUCUUGACACUUGUCACAAAUUGAAUACUUGUAGAUAUUUACAUUAUUAUAAAUUAUUACCAAUGGAGAAAUUAUUUAAACAAUUUGAAGAUCAAAAAAGGCAAGAAAAAGAAAUUAAAAAAAUUGAAAAGAUUUAUGAUUAUUAUUGGGGUUUACCUAUUAGUUUCUAUUCAAGAGACGUAUUGCCUUCUCAAUGGAUUAAUUGUGAUAUUAGAAAAUUUGAUUUUAAUAUCUUGGGAAAAUUUGCUGCUGUUAUUGCUGACCCUGCUUGGCUUAUUCAUAUGAAUUUACCAUAUGGGACUUGUGAUGAUGGGGAGUUAUUAAAUCUACCAAUGCACAUUUUGCAAGAUGAAGGGAUAAUGCUAUUAUGGGUAACAGGCAGGGCUAUUGAAAUUGGUAGAUCAUCAUUAGAAAGUUGGGGAUAUAAAAAUAUUAAUGAAAUUAUUUGGGUUAAAACCAAUCAACUAAAUCGAACUAUUUGUACUGGUAGAACAGGACAUUGGUUGAAUCAUUCAAAGGAGCAUUUAUUAGUUGGAAUUAAAGGAAAUCCCAAAUGGUUAAAUAGAGGAAUUGAUACAGAUGUUAUCGCAUCAUCAACAAGAGAAACUAGCAGAAAACCAGACGAAGUUUAUGGAAUUGUUGAAAGAUUAGUUGGAAAGGCUAGCAGAAAACUAGAGAUAUUCGGGAGAGAUCACAAUACAAGAGAAGGAUGGUUUACAAUUGGAAAUCAAUUGAAUGGAAACUACAUUUAUGAAGAAGAUGUUGCCAGAAAAUACGCGUUGUACAUGAAAAAGAUGUCGAAUUCGCAGUCG